AUGAACGAGCAGCAAAGGCAAUGCCAAUAUAUUGGUGUCAUAGUCUUUAAAGUUCGUCACCUGAAUUCUCUUUCGCAUGAUCAAAACAAACGACGCCGAAGAGAUACAGCUAGUAUCAAAAGGUACCCUGGAUUCAAGUCGAACGUCGUUGAUCCAAGAAUUUCCUCGUCGAGGUCACCCAAAGAUGAUACCAUGGUUGUAACGGCCCGCUGGUUGGCCCAGGUAUCCACUACGGAUGAAAGUACCAUCAUGAUGAACGAUGACAACUCUAGGGAGGUAACGUUUCCACCAAGAAAUAGUACUUCACCAUAA